AGAAGGCAGCACAUAUAUUUAUUUACGGCGAUUAACUUCGAAAGCUUAUUACGAACCACUAUGUCACGAAAAAGUAUUAAAAAAGCGGUAUAUAGAACAGCGUUCCGUCGAAACGAGGAUUUUUUACUGGCAGGAAUUCCGGAAUUGCAGCCAACUACGUCAUCCAAUUUUAUAGUGAAACGACGAAGGCUUAUUUCCGUUGCGGAUAAUGCAGAGCCUACAAAUGAAGCGGCAAUUGCACCCAAACCGAUUUUCGUGUCGUCAGAUGAAUCGGAAGGAGAAAAUUUGAGAAAUGAUUCACUUCCAGAAUCAAGCGAUUCUUCCGACUGUGAAAAAUCUGUUUGUAUCGAGCCUCCUGUAGCCAUUGAAGACUGCAGUUGCAAAGCUGAAGUCGAGAAAAUGAAGCUGAAAUUGUCAAAGCAAAAGGAGGAAAUUAAACGCCUCAGGGAAGCAAAUUUCAACCUACAAAAAGCGUUGUGCUCAAAACUGAUUGAUCACCCGGAUGAGCCGUUCAAAGGGGACGAUAACAGGAUUGAGUUGGAAAGGUUGAAACGAUUCAACGAAGCUGCGGGAGAUAGCGACUAUUUGUUUAUAAAAUUUCUUAUGAAUGCUCUGUGGCCAGAAGGAUUCAAAGGUCGGUCCAUUUCUGGACGACCGUCCAAUAAUCCAACAGGCAUAAAAAAAUCAGCUGAACCCGAGUUAUCAUUGAUUCAGCCGCAAACAACUCCUCUGGAAGCCGACAAAGUGAAAUACAUAAAAGAGCGUCUGAAAGACAGGCGAGAGUUUUUCCGCGACGACGCUGGAGCAGUAAUGCAGGCUUUAGAGAAAGCAAAUAAACAUAUGAGGAGUGUAAUUUACAACUCUUUAAGGAGGAAAUCUUGA